UCACGAUCACAACCUUCGUAUGAAACCAGUCGAUUGCAAUGUUAGAUAAGUGAAGCAAAUUCAUAGCUGGUGAAAUGAGAAAAGAAGGAGUAAACUCGUUCAAAAAACCAUUUUCGAUGAAUGGGACACCGCAUCUUCAAUCAAACGGCAACAAAAUAUUAGAAUCAUACGCUGAUCAAAAGCCUUCAUUAUGGUUUUCGAAACGGUCCAUUAUCGCAGUAGUGAUAUUCGUUUGUUACAUCAAUAUCGGAAUCGUACUGACAAAUAUCAAUAUCGCCAUUGUCGAGAUGACUUCUAGUAAACAGAUCGUUUCGGGAAAUUCAACCUUUCUACGACCAGCUGAAUUUCAAUGGGAUCCGUCAGUCGUCGGUAUUGUUGCCAGCCUCCUUUCGUACGGUGGUCUGUUUGCACUAGGCGGUGGAUUCUUCGUAAACAAAAUGGGAGGCGCGGUGAGUUGUGCAUUUGUCAUGAUGAUGUGCGGUAUCUUGAACUUACUCCAUCCAGCCAGCUUGUACUUUGAUUUUCGCUUAUUUUUCUUCUUACGUCUGCUGACCGGAUUUUUCGCGAAUUGUUUUUACACUAGUGUGGCAGAAAUAUAUUCGCGAUGGUUUCCGAAAAAAGAACGACCCAUGUUGAUUACAUUUUGCGUGGAUGGAACGAACGUAGGUAUUACCAUCAUGUACGCCUUGUACGGAUUCGUAGCUGAUCGACUAGGGUGGCAAAUGGUAUUUUAUGCUACAGGUAUAACAUCUUUGGUGACUGCUAUGCUUUGUUUAAUUGUUGUGAGGAAUCGACCUUCUCAAGACAAAUGGAUUAGCGAAGAGGAGCUCGCUUAUAUAUCUGACGACACUCACGAUGUUCCACAAAAACGAAGAUCUCAUCCUUAUAGGAAAAUUUUCCUUUCACCUCCAGUAUGGGCAUUAUGUUUUAUCGACAUCACUUUGCUAUGGACUGGAAAUAUAACGGGCGGAUGUUUGCCUUUGUAUGCCAAAGAUUUGACAGGAGAAAGUACCGAUGAAAUAGGUUAUGUAUCUUCCAUUACCCUGCUUCUGACAAUUUUCCUAUAUCCAGUAGCCGGGAUGUUGAUAAAUCACUGGAAAAAUCACACCAACGUCGAUUCAACUCGAAUGGAUAAAAUUAUAGUCAGCAUUACGUUCCUUUCAAUAAGCAUCAUGUUCGCAGCAUGUGCAAUUUUUUCAAAUUUCACCGCUACAGUAAUUUUAUUUUUAACAAUCGAAGGUUUAAAAUCAUUUGUUACACCAGUUCUGGAACCAAAUAUCGUAAACUUAGCUCCCAACGACUCGAGCAUCGUGGCCGGAAUGACUAAAAUUUGUUCUUCCUUGGGUGUCAUAUUUUCCAGAACUAUAACCGGUUUCAUGACAAUCAAUCACAGCAUCCAAGAAUGGAACAAUAGUUAUUUUUUAACGUCUGGUAUUUCGUUGAUCGGUGCUGCGAUAUUUGUUAAAUACGGAUCCAGUGAAGCUCAGUCUUGGUCUUUAACAUCGUCGAUCGACGAAUACGAACGAGACGAACGUGAUUAUCUGAUUAAAGACAAGAACAAAAAAUGAUUUUUUUUCAAAUUUUUCAUGUAAAAAUUAAUUUGCAAUGGUUCCUUUUUAAAAAUAUAAUAAACAGUUCUCGUUACAAAAAUUGUAAAAAA